AUGGGACCAGAUCAUGUCAACAGGUCUCGCUCGGUAGCUAUUGAUCCAACCCCGCAAACCCGUCGCAAACUUAAGCUCCCCCGCUUAUUCUGUCAACUCGUUAUUGCUUCUUGUAACCGGUUACUUGUCACUGCUUCCAAAUUGGAAGUUCCACUAACGGGUAAAUUCCUGAUGGUAAUGGACGAUCACUGGGGCUCCACUGGAAACUACCGAUAG